AUGACCCGAAAGCCAGCAGAAUUAGCUUCACGAACCAAUCUGUCCUAUGAUAAUCCCAAAAGAAAUUUCUGGAGGGAUGCUAGGCAUCACGUUCAUAGAAAUAUGAUUCCCUAUCUCAUUGCUUCCCCUUUUGUUGUAUGGCUUUUCUCAAAUUAUUGGAUCCGAGGCUCUGGAAAGAAUGAGAAGGUCAUUUCUGCUCCGAACAUUCUUACGUGGAAGAGAGAAUGUGAAAAAAUCGGACAAAAGAAAAUUGAUGCUCUCGGAAUUGAUUUAAAAUCCGAAUUGGAGAAGAAUACACCAGUGAGGGAAGAGGUAGUUUCAUUAUAUCCAAUUGUACAUGAACAGAAUUCAAAUGUAGCUUCAUAUAGCAUGAGCAAGGAAGAGCAAUUGAAGUUUUUCGAAGAGCUGUUCCCAGAUUUGGUUUCCAAAUUUAAAUCACAAAGAGGAAUUUUAAAUUAA